AUGACUGUAAAAGGCGGUUUCACCAGUGCGGGCCAGCCAGGCCCUGACAGUCAGCACCAGCAUCAGGUGCCUGCGUCUGGGCAUAUGCCUUCCCCUAUGGCCACAGCUGAUCUUCAAUCUGACGCUUCCUCAUCUACUGUCAUUGCCCACGCAGACUCGCACCGGCAGAGCCACAGCUCUUCCAAGUUGCCCGCUUUCCGCUUCACUGACCGGCGAAGCAGCAGCUGUGGAAGCGUGCCCCUAGCUAAUAAGGGUGACCCCCUGUCCCUUAGCAGCAGCAACCAAUACAACCAUAACAGAAACCAAAAUCUCGAUUCGAGAAACAAUAACAAGGACGACCGCACCAGCGAUUACCUUAACCACAAACCAACUACAUCGGCAUCGGCGACGGCAUCAGCCUCAACACCAACCUCACCACUCGCCAAUACUUUGGAUAGCGCAUCAGCGGCGCUUUCUCUGCAGUCUUCAAUUCUGUCGUCGAUUGUCUCACCCAAUUCAGAACCCAGCACUAUUACUCCGACUGUCUCAGUCGCCCCGACCACAGUAUCACCUGUAUCAGCAGACCCAGGCCUAGUGUCCCCCCCGAGCGCUGCUGUUAGUGGACUAUUGACAGCGCCCGACCCUGGCCCAGCACCAGCAACUCUCGCGACGACCCAUUCUCACACUUCUCACCCGACAACACAUCACCGCGACGAAAAACACGCUGUCUCUGCAUUAACACCUGCGCCUGCAUCUGCAUCUGCGCACACAGACCCAUCAACGAACACAGCAUCCCCAUCCUCGCAGCCCAAGGAACCCAAGUCAUCCAACGAAUCCGACACAACGCUGCUCUCACAAAACAAUUCCGGGACGUCCUCGGUUCAUCCAUCGUCAUCGGUGAUCCAACUCUCGCCUGGGGUUAAGCGUCCCGCAUCUUUUGACGCACAUGCACCUGACGCGAUCUCCCCGCAUCCUGCUCCUUCAACCUCCAAGUCUCGGACUCGGCGACCGCUGGUGUCGCGAAGAUCGACUGCUGGCACCUCUUCCACUGGCCCACCACCUUCUCUGAACUCUGAGCGCCUGCAAGCCAUCGAAGCCGCCCAGGAAGGUCAAUCCACUUGGCCCUCCUCAAGUGACAAUUCACCCCAGCAAUCGCCAUCUGGCCAACGCGAAUUAAUUUUGCCCAAGACGCUGUCCAGAACCAACUCCGAUGAGAGGCGAGCAUCUGCCUCCCAUCGCCCUCCCGUUUCAUACCGACCGCCUCUCACCUCCAAUAGUAGCACUGAAUCAUCGCCGUCAACCGCUGUUCGUGUUCCCCCAAUUCGAUCUUUCCGAUCUUCAGGCUCCCGCAAGAGCCUCACUCUCGAUAUGAAUUCGAGGCCACGCUUCCACGACUCUGGCGACGAAGUCGAAGACACUAACCAUGACCGUACCUUGCGCGCCUUGGAGGGUAGGGGUAAUGAUGAUGCACUUCGGUCAGCUCCUUUAACCUCAAGUCGCCGUGGCGCCUUCGAUAAUGAAGAUACUGGCGACGUUUUCCUUAAGAUUGCCAGGGAGGAAGCUUCCCAGCGUCAAACAGACGAGCAACCCCAAGAAGAUACCCGCAGCGUAGUGUCCCGAGCGACGCGGUUUACGCAUCGAAGACCGUUAUCCUCCGUAGUCCCUAUACAUCAGCCUACUUCGCCUCCUAGGGUUCGGCGCCGGCUUUCUGAUCAACAAGACACUGCGCGGUCACGAUCAAGAGGCUACGAAGACGACCGGGCAACUGAACUUUCUCGCAUGUCAACUUAUCGCACACUGCCACGAGAAAAAACAGCAUCUGCGCAUCCUGGAGAAGAUACAGGACGUAUGCGAGGCUCGACCUCAACCAUGCGCCCGUCCCCCGUUACACCUCGAUCGAUAGUUUUUCAGGAACCUAGUUCCGAAAACUCCAUGUAUUCUCGUCGAAGAUCCUCUGUCACGGACAACAAUGUAAGUGGACAAAACCGAGGCUCUGCGUACAAAUUCAUGGGUCAUGGUCACAACAAGACGUAUAAUUCCUCCCCUCUGGUCCGGUCAUUUGAUUUCCAGCGUCAAGCAAAUCAGGAGGCUGGCAACGGGGCUGAGGGAACGGAAUCGACUUUGUCGAAUACAGCCCCCUCCACGGUAUGGGACGAACUAGACGACCUCAAAUCAAGAAUACAUCGACUAGAACUGACUGGUAAGCUGCCUUCGACCUCCGGCGCCGCAGUAUCGAGAUUAUCAGACGACCGACCGCCGACGGCGACUACUACAGCCACGACUAUGUCUUCUUCCCCCAAGCGAGUUGAGAAUGGUCAUCAGAACACGAAUGCCGACGCCGUUAGCACCACGUCCUCCCACCACCGAGAGUCGCAUUCCAUCCUUCAAUCCGCCCUUGCUAAGUCCAAGGUUCUACUCGACACGGAAGUUUACCAGGCCCUAGAGUCUGCUGCUAACGAUGCCAUGGCCCUCGCUUCCAUGAUGGGAACACCCGGCCUACCUGGACCCAUUUCGAGCGGCGCCAGCACGAUAGGCUCUAACGCAACUGUUACUGAUCGCCAACUGAGACGAAAGGCCGAGAGUGUGUGUCGCAGCUUAACAGAGCUUUGCCUCGCAUUGGGUGAGGACGCUACCCAGACACGUAUACCGCGGCAGUCAAUUGAAAUCCCACCACCUGCUCAGAAUGACGCGCCAACUACACCGACGAUUGGUAAAACCUUUAGUGGCUUUUCUCAACGUCGACAGAGCAUUGGGAGAAACGAUCAGACUGCCGCCAAGGAACAUCUCACCAGCCCCAGAACUCUGUCCAAAUUUGAGGAGAGAAGACUCAACAUUCUUAAUGGUAGUUCUCUACCUACAUCACGUGUGUCUAACUCAAUACCAUCGACACCGAUCGAGCCGAUCUCGAAUCGGCGUUCUUCUCUCUUGGUUUCUCGAUCUCGCCGUGCUGGUACCGAAGAACCUGACGAAGGCAGGAAGUCAUCGCUUCUACUAAGAACUAGAAGAGCUGGUACUGAGGAGCCUGAUGAAGGCCGUAGAACAUCUUUAUUCGUCCGCAACCGUAGAAACACGGUUGGCGAAGAAGGCGAGGAAGAAUCAAGGUUCCGAGCGCCUUCUCGAGCACCUACUGAGCUUGGCAGCACGAUUCGAGUUGUGACACAGGAUCAAACGCCACAGCAGCAGCAAUACUCACCGUCAGCUGAUACCACAUCUGCCAUCCCGCGUCGGCGCUUUGUUUCGUCGAAUCUCGGUGCCUCUAGGCUGGCGACGCCAUCAGUUAACACGGCAACACCGCCUCGAAGAUACAUGGAGAGACCGGCACAGCAAGACCACGGUAAUAGCGCUGUCGAGAAGCUUGCUGAAGAGCGUGCACAACGCUACACCUCUCUUGGGCAAACAACCAUGGUCAAUCGGACCAGCAGUAUGAUCAGAAGACCGAAACGGGACAGCAUUGCGUCCGCCAAUCCUUCUGCAGCUGCAGGCAGCUACAGAUGA